AUGCAUUUCCAAUGUAAUGUAUCGCUUCUGUCCAAUCUAGCAUUGGACAUAAUCAGACUCUAUUCAACAACACUCAACGACCAGUUGCGAGAAAUUACGCAAGCACAGUUGGUUUUGAAGAACUCAAGGCCAAUGAUAAAAACUGUGUUACUUGCUAGUCGGCAGAUAGAAGAAAGUAUGAUCAACGGAAUGUACGAUCCACGAGGGGCUGAAGGCACAUUAUCGCUUUCAUUUCGGGAUGUUUUACCGAUAGCUGAUCAGCUAAUCAAUAUGAUUGAGGUCAUUCUUCACAAAAUGGAUCUCGCCGCCACAGAUUUGAAUUACCCAUUCAGAGGGUUUAGAUGA